UGUCAAGAGCAGAAAAUUACACGACGAGAGAAAAAGUUUGACAGUUUUUGUUCCACUGAAUCGUCUGAAACAAUCAAUAAAUUCAUUGUGAAGUAUUUUGUAGGUGAUAUUCUAGUCAGUAAAGAGGAAGUGAACAUCAACAGUUCUUGACAGGUGUUCAGUGGACUGUUCAGAUGAUGUCAUGGACUCCACAAAGGAUCUCAGUGGACAGACAGACACAGGGAAGGUCAAGAGUGUCAUUCAUGGAGAAUCUCCUGAAUCCAGCUGUGUGUCCAUGAAGAGUGACCAGUCAAUGGAUCCUCCACUAAAAUUCAGUUCAGGAGCCCCUUGUGCUGAUGUGAGUGUCAUUCAUGGAGAAUCUCCUGAACCCAGCUGUGUGUCCAUGAAGAGUGACGGAUCAAUAGAACAACCAGUUAACUUCAGUUCAGGAGAGUCUUUGAUCAACUACAGAAACAAACAGGAUGCAUCAGAGUCAACUGCUGGGAAAGUGCCAUUGGACUCCAUUUUUGAGGAACUUGAGCACAAAAUCAUCUCUCUGAUGAAGAAAGAACUGAAGAGUUUCAAGAGACUUCUGAUCUCAGAUUCCCCAGCAUGCUCUGAGAGAGAGGAGGAGGAUGAUGAAGGUCAGAGCAGAGUCAGAGAGGGGUUUCUGAAGAUCACACUGCACGUCCUGAAGAAGAUGAAGCAGACAGACCUCGCUAACACACUUCAAACCAAACUGAUUUCUGUGCAUCAACAAAAACUCAAAACAAAACUAAAAGAGAAAUUCCAGAGAAUUACUGAAGGAAUGUCAAAUCAAAGCAGCUCAACACUUGUGAAUGAGAUCUACACAGAGCUGUACAUCACAGAGGGAGGGAGUGCAGAGAUCAAUAAUGAACAUGAGGUGAGACAGAUUGAGACAGCAUCCAGGAGAGCAGAGACACAGGAAACACCAAUCAAAUGCAAUGACAUCUUUAAAGCCUUACCUGGACAAGACAAAGCCAUCAGAACUGUGCUGACUAAAGGAGUUGCUGGAAUUGGAAAAACAGUCUCUGUGCAGAAGUUCAUUGUGGACUGGACUGAUGGAAAAGCAAAUCAGGAUGUUCACUUCAUAUUUCCACUUCCUUUCAGAGAGCUCAAUCUGAUGAAGCACAAAAAUAUCAGUUUGAUGGAUCUUCUUCAUCAGUUUUUCACAGAUACAAAAGAAUUGAGAUCAACAUUCCUUGAUGACUACAAAGUCAUUUUCAUUUUUGAUGGUCUGGAUGAGUGUCGACUUCCUCUAGAUUUCCAGAACAAUUAUAUUUUGUGUGAUGUGACAGAAUCGGCCUCAGUGGAUGUGCUGCUGACCAACCUCAUCAAGGGGAAACUGCUUCCUUCUGCUCUGCUCUGGAUCACCUCUCGACCAGCAGCAGCCAAUCAGAUUCCUCCUGAGUGUGUUGACCAGCUCACAGAUGUACGAGGCUUCAGUGACCUUCAGAAGGACGAGUAUUUCAGGAAGAGAAUAAAAGAUGAGUGUCUGGCCAACAGAAUCAUCACACACAUGAAAUCAUCAAGAAGCCUGUACAUCAUGUGUCACAUACCAGUAUUCUGUUGGAUUUCAGCCACUGUUCUCCAGAGACUGUUGAGUGAAGCAGAGAGUGCAGAGAUCCCCAAGACUCUCACUCAAAUGUUCACACACUUCCUGAUCUUUCAGAGCAAACUGAAGAGCCAGAAGUAUGAUGGGAAAUGUGAGGUGGAUCUUCAGCAGGCUAGAAUGAGAAUUCUGUCUCUGGGAAAACUGGCUUUUCAACAGCUGGAAAAAGGGAACCUGAUCUUCUAUGAGGAGGACCUGAGAGAGUGUGGCAUUGAUGUCAGAGAAGCGUCAGUGUACUCGGGAGUUUGUACCCAAAUCUUCAGAGAGGAGUUUGGACUGCACCUGGGGAAGGUGUUCAGCUUUGUGCAUCUGAGCGUUCAGGAGUUUCUCGCUGCUCUAUUCAAGUUUCUGCAAAGCAAGUCAAGAAUGAGUGAUUUCCUGAAGAGUGAAGUGGACAAGGCUUUACAGAGUGAGAACGGACACCUGGACCUUUUCAUUCGAUUCCUUCUGGGUCUCUCACUGAAGUCCAAUCAGACAAUCUUACAAGACCUACUGACACAGACAGGAAUCAACUCUGACAGCAAACAGGAAAUAGUGGAGUACAUUAAGAUUAAGAUAAGGAAGAAUCCCUCUCCAGAGAAAUCCAUCAAUCUGUUCCACUGUCUGAAUGAACUCAAUGAUCAUUCUCUAGUGCAGGAAGUACAAACAUACGUGAACAGAAGAGAUAUCAAUCGUCUCUCUGGAGUCCGUCUCUCUCCUGCUCAGUGGUCAGCUCUGGUGUUUGUGUUGCUGAACUCAGAAGAGGAGCUGGAUCAGUUUAAUCUGAGGAAAUAUGAUCCAUCACAUGAAUGUCUUCUGAGGCUGCUGCCGGUGAUCAAAGCAUCCAGAAAAGCUGAUCUGAAGGGCUGUAAUCUGACAGAGAAAAGUUGUUCAGCACUGGCCUCAGAUCUCAGUUCAAGCGCCUCAAGUCUGAGAGAACUGGACCUGAGUAACAAUGACCUGCAGGAUUCAGGAGUGAAACUGCUCUCUGAUGCUCUGAAGAGUCGUCACUGUACACUUGAAAUACUGAGAUUUGCUUCAUGUAGAUUCACUGGUCAGUGCUGUGAAAGUUUGUCUUCAUUUCUACAAUCAUCAAACUCCCUGAGAGAGCUGGACCUGAGUAACAAUGACCUGCAGGAUUCAGGAGUGAAGCUGCUCUCUGAUGCACUGAAGUGUCCUCACUGUACACUGGAGAUACUGAGAUUAUCUGGCUGUAUGGUGACAGAGGAAGGCUGUUGUUCUGUGGCAUCAGCUCUGAGAUCAAAUCCCUCACACCUGAAAGAGCUGGAUCUUAGCUACAAUCACCCAGGAGAAUCAGGAGCCAGGCUGCUCUCUGAAAGACGCAACGAUCCAAACUGCACACUGGACAAACUUAAUGUGGAUCAUGGAGGAGAGUUCAGGAUUACAGCAGGACUACACAAAUAUGUCUGUGAUCUCACACUGGAUUCAAACACAGUAAACACUGAACUCAUUCUGUCUGAGGGGAACAGGAAGGUGACACAUGUGAGAGAGCGUCAGUCAUAUCCUGAUCAUCCAGAGAGAUUUAAUGUGGAUCCUCAGGUUCUGUGUAGAGAGAGUCUGACUGGACGCUGUUACUGGGAGACUCAAUGGAGUGGAUUGGCUGUUAUAUCAGUGUCAUAUAAAGAAAUCCGCAGGAAAGGAAAGAGUGAUGACUGUGUGUUUGGAUACAAUGUAAACUCCUGGAGUCUGUGGUGCUUUAAUGACACAUUCACUGUCUGGCACAAUAAAAACAGAACUGACAUACGUCCCCCUUCACACGACUGUAAGAGAGUAGGAGUGUAUGUGGACUGUCCGGCCGGCACUCUGUCCUUCUACAGCGUCUCUGACACACACACACUCACACACUUACACACACUCAACACCACAUUCACUCGACCCCUCUAUGCUGGAUUUGCAGUUGAUCUUGAUUCCUCAGUAUGGUAUUUCUCUAGAAUGACUAGAAGACCUUCUGGGGGAGGACGCCAACGCAUGUUCACACAACAGCAGGAACUUGCCGUUGUGGACCUAGUGAGGGCGGACAAUGCCAUCCGUCUCUACCAGCUACGACAGAAAAUACUUGCAGACAGGCAAGUGUUCAACAACAUAAACCAUAUGAGCAUCACCACCAUCAGACGCAUCUUGGGAAAACACAACAUCACCAUGAAGCAGCUCUACAGGGUCGCAUUUGAGAGGAACAGUGCCAGGGUCAAAGGACUUCGAGCUGAAUAUGUACGGAGUGACCGGUCAAUGCAUCAUCCACUUAAAUUCAGUUCAGGAGCCCCUUGUGCUGAUGUGAGCUGUGUGUCCAUGAAGAGUGACGGGUCAAUAGAACAACCAGUUAACUUCAGUUCAGGAGAGUCUUUGAUCAACUACAGAAACAAACAGGAUGAAUCAGAGUCAACUGCUGGGAAAGUGCCAUUGGACUCCAUUUUUGAGAGAGUCAGAGAGGGGUUUCUGAAGAUCACACUGCACGUCCUGAAGAAGAUGAAGCAGACAGACCUCACUAACACACUUCAAACCAAACUGAUUUCUGUGCAUCAACAAAAACUCAAAACAAAACUAAAAGAGAAAUUCCAGAGAAUUACUGAAGGAAUGUCAAAUCAAAGCAGCUCAACACUUGUGAAUGAGAUCUACACAGAGCUGUACAUCACAGAGGGAGGGAGUGCAGAGAUCAAUAAUGAACAUGAGGUGAGACAGAUUGAGACAGCAUCCAGGAGAGCAGAGACACAGGAAACACCAAUCAAAUGCAAUGACAUCUUUAAAGCCUUACCUGGACAAGACAAAGCCAUCAGAACUGUGCUGACUAAAGGAGUUGCUGGAAUUGGGAAAACUGUCUCUGUGCAGAAGUUCAUUGUGGACUGGACUGAAGGAAAAGCAAAUCAGGAUGUUCACUUCAUAUUUCCACUUCCUUUCAGAGAGCUCAAUCUGAUGAAGCACAAAAAUAUCAGUUUGAUGGAUCUUCUUCAUCAGUUUUUCACAGAUACAAAAGAACUGAGAGAAUUGAAAACAUUCCUUGAUGACUACAAAGUCAUUUUCAUUUUUGAUGGUCUGGAUGAGUGUCGACUUCCUCUAGAUUUCCAGAACAAUGAUAUUUUGCGUGAUGUGACAGAAUCGGCCUCAGUGGAUGUGCUGCUGACCAACCUCAUCAAGGGGAAUCUGCUUCCUUCUGCUCUGCUCUGGCUCACCUCUAGACCAGCAGCAGCCAAUCAGAUUCCCCCUGAGUGUGUUGACCAGCUCACAGAUGUACGAGGCUUCAAUGACCCUCAGAAGGAUGAGUAUUUCAGAAAGAGAAUAAAAGAUGAGCGUCUGGCCAACAGAAUCAUCACACACAUGAAAUCAUCAAGAAGCCUGUACAUCAUGUGUCACAUACCAGUCUUCUGUUGGAUUUCAGCCACUGUUCUCCAGAGACUGUUGAGUGAAGGAGAGAGUGCAGAGAUCCCCAAGACUCUCACUCAAAUGUUCACACACUUCCUGAUCUUUCAGAGCAAACUGAAGAGCCAGAAGUAUGAUGGGAAAUGUGAGGUGGAUCUUCAGCAGGCUAGAGAGAGGAUUCUGUCUCUGGGAAAACUGGCUUUUCAACAGCUGGAAAAAGGGAAUCUGAUCUUCUAUGAGGAGGACCUGAGAGAGUGUGGCAUUGAUGUCAGAGAAGCGUCAGUGUACUCGGGAGUUUGUACCCAAAUCUUCAGAGAGGAGUUUGGACUGCACCUGGGGAAGGUGUUCAGCUUUGUGCAUCUGAGCAUUCAGGAGUUUCUCGCUGCUCUGUAUGCUUUUGUUUCCUUUUCUAAACAAACAUCUGGUCUCUUCAGUAAGUUUAGGUCAUCUAUGACUGAUUUCCUGAAGAGUGAAGUGGACAAGGCCUUACAGAGUGAGAACGGACACCUGGACCUUUUCCUUCGAUUCUUUCUGGGUCUGUCACUGAAGUCCAAUAGACAAUCAUUACAAGACCUACUUACACAGACAGGAAGCAGCUCUGAGAGCAAACAGGAAAUAGUUGAGUAUAUUAAGAUGAAGAUCAGGGAGAAUCCCUCUCCAGAGAAAUCCAUCAAUCUGUUCCACUGUCUGAAUGAACUCAAUGAUCAUUCUCUAGUGCAGGAAGUACAAACAUACGUGAACAGAAGAGAUAUCAAUCGUCUCUCUGGAGUCCGUCUCUCUCCUGCUCAGUGGUCAGCUCUGGUGUUUGUGUUGCUGAACUCAGAAGAGGAGCUGGAUCAGUUUAAUCUGAGGAAAUAUGAUCCAUCACAUGAAUGUCUUCUGAGGCUGCUGCCGGUGGUCAAAGCAUCCAGAAAAGCUGAUCUGAUGGGCUGUAAUCUGACAGAGAAUAGUUGUUCAGCACUGGCCUCAGUUCUCAGUUCAAACUCCUCAAGUCUGAGAGAGCUGGACCUGAGUAAUAAUGACCUGCAGGAUUCAGGAGUGAAGCUGCUCUCUGAUGCACUGAAGAGUCCUCACUGUACACUGGAAAUAUUGAGAUUUGCAUCAUGUAGAUUCACUGGUCAGUGCUGUGAAAGUUUGUCUUCAUUUCUACAAUCAUCAAACUCCUUGAGAGAGCUGGAACUGAGUAACAAUGACCUGCAGGAUUCAGGAGUGAAGCUGCUCUCUGAUGCACUGAGGAGUCCUCACUGUACACUGGAGAUACUGAGAUUAUCUGGCUGUAUGGUGACAGAGGAAGGCUGUUGUUCUGUGGCAUCUGCUCUGAGAUCAAAUCCCUCACACAUGAGAGAGCUGGAUCUGAGCUACAAUCACCCAGGAGAAUCAGGAGUCAGGCUGCUCUCUGAAAGACUCAACGAUCCAAACUGCACACUGGACAAACUUAAUGUGGAUCAUGGAGGAGAGUUCAGGAUUACAGCAGGACUACACAAAUAUGUCUGUGAUCUCACACUGGAUUCAAACACAGUAAACACUGAACUCAUUCUGUCUGAGGGGAACAGGAAGGUGACACGUGUGAGAGAGCGUCAGUCAUAUCCUGAUCAUCCAGAGAGAUUUGAUGUGUAUCGUCAGGUUCUGUGUAGAGAGAGUCUGACUGGAUGCUGUUACUGGGAGACUCAAUGGAGUGGAGAUGGUGCUGGUAUAUCAGUGUCAUAUAAAGGAAUCAGCAGGAAAGGAGAGAGUUGUGACUGUGUGUUUGGAUUCAAUGUAAACUCUUGGAGUCUGUGGUGCUCUAAUAACAGAUUCACUGUCUGUCACAAUAAUAACAGCACUGUCAUACGUCCCCCUUCACAUGACUGUAAGAGAGUAGGAGUGUAUGUGGACUGUCCGGCCGGCAUUCUGUCCUUCUACAGCGUCUCUGACACACACACACUCACACACUUACACACACUCAUCACCACAUUCACUCGACCCCUCUAUGCUGGAUUUAAUCUUUAUUUUGAUUCCUCAAUGUGCCUGUGUGAAAUUGAUCAUCAGAGACACACACACACAACUGGAUGAGUGAAAUAUACUCACUGUAUCUCACAUCAACACAACUCCAAACUCUUUCUAGAAAUCACUUCAUGAAUUAAAAAAGAAAAAAAGAUUCAACUUUAUUGUCAUUGUGCAGAGUACAGGUACAGAGCCAAUGAAAUGCAGUUGUUUUUGCAUAUCUAAGCUGGGGUCAGAGUGCAGGGUCAGUCAUGAAACAGCGUUCCUGUAGCAGAUAGGGUAAACCUUACUUUCUUGUCUGAGAUAGUCAAUCCGCGCAUCUUAUCAAGUGGCUUGUUGAGCACUAUAUAAUGCAUUUAUCACUUAACAUGGUUGUUGUAAUCAUUAUAAAUGUAUUGAAUUUCUUUAUGCGUCACAUGAGAGGGAACGAGUUCAUUUCUUGUGGACAUUGUGUCAGUGUUUUAACAUUCUGACAAACAUUUAUAUUAUCAGUUGAGUGAAUGUGUAAUUUCAAUUUUUCUAGUAUUUUAUGAAUGUCUGCAGUAAUCUGUCUUCAGCCAACCUGAUUUGUACUUCUUUUUCUGUCAAAAAGAUAAACCAAAGAUGA